UUCAUUCCCUCUCUCGUCAAAAAAACACAAAAAAAGUCUCCCCAAAAAUAUGGACAACAACAAUUUAUUGUUGAAGAGGAGACAACAAACAUUAUCCACAGAAACCAGCACUACAACAAACGGAAGUAUCAACCAAUUUCGAACGAUUAGUGACGACAACGAUGCCGAUAUUGAAGAAGAAAUGGAAAUUAAAACGUUGACAGGCCAAAGUGUUAAUACAGACAGUCAACAGUCAUUCCGUUCAUCUCCAACUGUGCUACAUUUUCCGUCUAAUAAUUACCAAAAACAGCGAAAAGAGCUUCAAACAAGCAGGGAAAUCCCCGUUCGAAGACCACCUUUAUCAAUACCUCCACCUAAACCUCCACACAGUAUUCCUUCUAUUGGUGAUCGACGUAGGGCAGAUUCUUCAUUUUCCUCUGCCUUCUCAGUCUUUCCGGUGUCUCCGGCACAUACUAUGGAAUACAGCCCUGCUAGUAGCGACUACAGAAGUGCUAUUUCCGCUCGUCAACACUUUCCUCGUUUAAUGAGACCAAUUUCGCCUGCACCAAGUGGAGGCCAUAGUAGGGUGUUAAAAAUGGUUAGCGAAACAUCAUCAAUUAGCAGCAGACCUUUAUCGCCUUAUCCCGGCUCUACUGCUGCUUCCGCUAUUCGAGAUACUCGAGAACGUGAAAAGAAGGAAAUGAGUGAUUUAAAUGAUAGAUUGGCUAUUUAUAUCGAAAAGGUCCGUUUCCUCGAAGCACAAAACAGAAAGUUGGCUGUUGAUUUGGACUUUCUGCGCAAGCGCUGGGGGAGAGAUGCCUCCAAUGUCCGUGAUAUGUUCGAAGCUGAUUUGAGACAGGCCAGAAAACUUAUAAAUGAAACUGAGAAACAAAGAGAAGAAUUGGAACGUAAAGCUAGGGCAAUGGCCGAAGAAAUGGCACAAUUGAAGAGAAAAAAUGAAGAAGCUUCACAUGUCCACGAAGAAGACAAGGAAAGAAUGGAUGAAUUAUUGUUGAAAUUGGCUGCUUUAGAGAGUGAAUUGGCGGCACUGAGACGCCGAAUAGCUAUUGUAGAGGAAGAUGUGAAGGUAUUGAAGAGAGAAAAUAGUCGACUUACUGGAGAAUUACAAAGGACAAAAACUGAAUUGGACCAAGAAACACUCAACAGGAUUGAUCACCAAAACCAAGUUCAGACAUUAUUGGAAGAAUUAGACUUUCUCCGACGUGCCCACGACCAAGAAAUUCAAGAUUUGCAAGCAAUGGCUGCUCGGGACACAACACAAGAAAAUCGAGAAUUUUUCCGGAAUGAAUUGGCUUCGGCAAUGAGGGAGAUUAGAGAGGAUUAUGAGAGAAUAAAUAGUCGGAACAGAACAGAUAUAGAGUCUUGGUAUAAAUUAAAAGUACAGGAAAUACAAACACAAUCAGCCAGACAAAGUAUGGAACAUAAUUAUGCCAAAGAAGAAAUUAAACGAUUACGGACUCAAUUGGGCGAUUUGAGGGGGAAAUUGGCUGACUUGGAGGGGAAGAAUUCUCUUUUGGAAAAACAAGCCGAAGAAUUAGCCUAUCAAUUAGAAGAUGAUCAAAGAUCUUAUGAUUCAGCUUUGAAUGACCGAGAUACCCAAAUACGCAGAAUGAGAGAUGAAUGUCAAGCAUUAAUGGUUGAAUUACAAAUGCUUUUGGACACAAAACAAACUUUGGACGCAGAAAUUGCUAUUUAUAGAAGAAUGUUGGAAGGGGAAGAAGAUAGGGCUGGGCUUAAACAAUUAGUUGAACAAGUUGUUAGAACACACCAAAUUAAACAAAGUGAUGAAUCGGAAUCUACACGAACCCUAAGAGGGGAAAAAUCAUCCCGUCAGUCCUAUCAACGUUUUGCAAAGGGAAAUGUUUCCAUUUUGGAAACGUCUUCUGAAGGAAAAUAUAUUGUUUUGGAGAACACUCAUCGGUCAAAAGAAGAACCUAUUGGUGAAUGGAAAUUGAGAAGGCGGAUUGAUGGAAGAAGAGAAAUUGUCUAUACAUUCCCUAGAGAUUUUGUUUUGAGGCCCGGAAAGACUGUUAAGAUCUGGGCUAAUGGACAUGGAAUACAUUCUCCACCAGACCAAUUAGUUUAUGAGGGUGAAGAUACUUUUGGAGUUGGAUAUAAUGUGCAAACGAUACUUUACAAUAGAGAAAAUGAGGAACGUGCAUCACUUAUUCAACGCUCUUCAGGCCGACAAUAA